ACACACGUGGGCGUGACUUCCGGACACGUCAUUACGUCGGACGUCAAUGAGAAGUUGCAAAUUAUCAGGUGAACAGGAAUAAUCCUAAUAAUUCACCAUAGUCAUGUUAAACGAGAUUGGGUAUGCCUUUCCUGCUGGCGAUGAAAGCGAUGGGAGUAACGACGAGUGGGACAUUGGGUAUUCCGAUAGUAACAAAAAACCGUGCGCUGAGUUCUCUGAAGCACAUGUGAAUGGAGAAGAUAAAGUAUCCAGUUUGAAAAGGGCCAUUACUGCAGGGAAUGUCGACCUGGUGCGCGAACUCUUAGACAGUGGUCUGGACGUGGAGACACGGCUCGGCUUUGGCUGGACUCCUCUCAUGUGCGCUGUCCAUGUGGCCCACUAUGAGCUCGCCGAACUGCUGCUGGAUCAUGGUGCAAGUGCAAACUUCAGCAGAGACCACUAUACAGUUCUGAUGGCUGCUUGCACAGCAGCGUCUGCCACAGAAGAGAUGAUAUCCAGGUGUGUGACUCUGCUGCUCAGUCGCAACGCUGACCCGAAUGUCUGCAACAGGAGCAGUAUGACGUGUUUGAUGCUGGCAGCCAGAGACGGCUAUUGUCAGGUGAUUAAUAUGCUGGUUUCACAUGGAGCAGAGCUGAACUUUCAAAAUGAUAAUGGACUAACGGCCCUCCUAAUAGCAGUGCAGUAUGGACGUGAAGCGGCUGUGUUAAAACUGCUUCAACUAGGAGCGGAUAAGUUCAUCAAAACCAAAACGGGGAAGACAGCAGCUGACAUGGCCAAAGUGUUCAAUUACCCUGAGAUCUCCAGGAUCCUUGAUUCUACAGAUCUCUCUACUGUAAAUGGCAAUGCACCCUCCAAAGCUGAAGCGCUGUAUAAAUUCCUCAAUCAAAACCCUGAUCCUUCCUCUGCCUGCAAAGAGAGUUUCUCCAAGCUGAGUGAUAUUGAACUUCUGCUUAAUGGUCUGAAUCUGGAUCAUCUCUCAGACAUCAUGGUGGAAAAUGAUGUCACUUGGAGUGACCUGUUGAUCAUGGAGAAGGGGGACUUGGAAAAAAUUGGCGUAACUAAUCCUGAGGAUCAAAAGAAGAUUCUCAGCACCAUGGAGCAGAUGCACCUUGAUAAAGUAGAUCUGGACACCCUGACGCCUCUUAAUAACAUAGACAGCGGGAGUGAAGAUUUCCUUAACUUUCUGAUCAGCCUGAAACAGCAGUGCUGUUACUUGACAGAAACCUUACAGGAUGUCAUCAGCAGAUUCCCACGUAGCCCUGCUGAGGUUGUUCUUACAUGUGAUCCCAAGAAAGAGGCUCAAGCCCUUUGCUCCGAGCUUGUAACUCAGACAGGAGACCUCCAGAAAGAGAUUCUCUGUCUUAAGACCCUGCUCAGCAAGACGGAUCACACAGAAUACAACUUUCAGCUUCUUCAACCAGUUUCCAAUAAUGGCCAGAGAGGAACGUCCCGCAAGAGGUUUGCUGCUGUGCUUGGACUUGGAAUGCUUGGAGCAGGGCUUCUAUUUGUGCUGUCACAAUCAAAAAAACUGAACUAUUUUUGAGGUUAUAUUUUGCAGUGAUGUAUGUAUUUUAAGUUGUUACCUCAGUAUUUUAUUAAUAAUUGUAUGUUCUAGAUUUAGGUUAAGAAUAUGUUAUGAUCACCCUUUUUGUGGUGCUACUCUAGACUGUUAUUCAAGUAAAUAUGUUAAAUGAUCUUUUGGUUUUUCAGACAACGCACUUCAUAAAAGUUUUCCCAAA